AGCUGAGUCGAGUCGAGGUGAUCGCGUCGAAGGUGCGCACCGUGCAGUCCGCCGCCGCUUUUCACGGUGGACCGAGCGUUAUAAUAAUCGGGGGGAUCCCCGUCCGCCGCAAAUCCGUCCCAUGCGACACCGGACAAAAUGCCGAAAAUUAGCCUGCGUUAUACUCUGUGUCUCGUGACGGCGGUCUUGUGCAUCAUUCAGCGGAGUUUCGGACAUGGAAUUCCUAGGAGAAGCUUCCUGUCGCGCAGAGCGAUCGACGGAACUAGAGGAAGGAAAUACUACGAUCCGAACGAGGACAGUUCAUUCGACAGCUAUGGAUCCGCGGGCGGUCAGUACGAUCCAUACGAUCAUAUAACGGACCUAUCCGACAUCAGAAAAAAUGUGCCGGGUGAGCCGGGCAUCGAUUAUCCCGCCUACACGACAUUACCUCAGACAGGAUUCACGUGUGAAGGACGUUCACGUGGUUAUUACGCCGACGAAGCGGCCGGCUGCCAGGUCUUUCACGUAUGUCACGAUGUGCUGGUGUCCUCCUUUCUGUGCCCGAUUGGCUCGACUUUCAGCCAGAAGCUGCUGACAUGCGACUGGUGGACCAAGGUCGACUGCACCUCCACCAGGCGAUACCUCGAAGUGAAUCGCAAUAGCUAUCAGAUCGACGACGACGAGAUGAUACGCAACGCGUACGCGAUGAUCAGCCUGCAGGCCUCCGCGGAGGAUGUCACCAAGGACGGUCUGGUGGAUCCCGACAGCGGCGCCAGGAUCAUCGACUAUUCCGCGCUCGGCGGCGGCAGGACCGUGAUGGGCUACACGCCCGGUUUCCGCAGGAUCACGGACUACGCUCCCGUCGAGGCGACCGGGAACGACCUGCCGAGCGGUUUCGAGGACUAUCCGCAGCAGGACGCGCGGCAGAUCCUCAACUACGAUCUACGCUACCAGCAGAAGAAGGUGAGCACGCCGUAUCAGGGCAAGCUGCACCAUCUCGAGAACAAGGGGCAAUCGCCUUAUCACGCGUCCGCGAUCAUUCGACACGACUAUCAGGAUCGAGCCGGCGGUAACGAGUUUCAGGACGACUAUCGCAGACCCGACGGUUUCACCAAUCAGUUACAGACGUCUUACGCGCCUACCGUACCCACCGUUACCACCACCACCAGACGAUUUUACUCGCCUACGGUCCCGACGACCUAUCGACCUUCCACAUUGGCCUACAGCAAGCUGGAUUUGAUGGUGGAUAGCUCCGAUCACCUUUACGCUGCGCGCGGCAAAAGCCCGAUGACCCCUCCCACGAUUACUCAUCGGAAUGACGACACGAGGAAGAUUGAUUUGAGAGAGAGUGAAACGGGACACGGCGAUCUGAAGAAAUCGGAGAACGCCUCGUCAUCGGGAACGGACAAAGACGAUCGAAGAGGCGAUAGUGCUCGCUCCGAGAGUGACGAACUGCGCGCCGAGGGGACGUCGGAGAUGAGUUUCAGGAUCAAUAUAACCGACGCGAUUGACGAGGACCAGGUGUUUAGGCAGCAGAAUGACAGGCCGAUAAUCCAGGACGACACCGAGGAUAGCUCGGAGGACAGCUUGGAGACGAAGGACAGCAUCGGGAUCGCUCGAGCGCUGAAUAAUCGGAAUGAUCCACUCGGCAGGAUUAUUAUACAAAAUCAAAAUCCUGCGUACCAGGUGUCGAAGGAUGAGCGAAGAGUUCCGACCACUCCUGUUCCAUUGCAGACAGUUUCAAAUCGUUCCUCGGGAUCUUACGAUGAGAAAGCGGACGACGCGGACUCAUCGGACGCCCUGAAGAAGUCGGAUAUUUUCAACGAAACGAGCAACGACGGUUCGACGGAAGAUUACGAGGAUGUCUCGACGACGAGAAGUUUCGGCGACAGAACGACUUCGCUGCUGCGAAAUUCGGAACAAAAAGACGUUGACGUUGUGCAAGCGUCGACCGUAUCAAUGACUGCGACACCUGCGAUAAAUGCAACUGAGACAAGCGAUGAGAUUCACGAUAAGGUCACUGGUCGCUCUUCAUCCAACGACAGCCGCACAGCCGAAGACCAGAAUUCGUCGUCGACCGGGUCAACCUCCAGUUUCAACGACGAGUCCGUGCCGAGAAUAAAUCUCAGCUUGGAGGUUCCCGAACCGGCGCAGUUCUUGAAGCCUCCGCUGGAACGUUUUCUCAUUAACGUACCUGAAGAAACGCGCUAUACGACGAUCGAUGAGACUUCCAAGACUUCCUGGAGCCCCGAGACGACGACCACGGAGACUCCGCGAUUUUCCAGCGUCGCCGGAAGCAGCGAGGAUCAACCGCCGAUAUACGACGAGCUGAUUGAUUACACCGACGAGGGCUUUUCGGAGACGCCCACUAGUUCAGGAGUUCAUUCGACCGCUCAGCUGGUCGCGGAGGUGUCCACGUCCAUUCCAUGGCUCGUCUCUACGUGGCGCGAUCGCUCGAUCGUCGACGUGCCCGUGACCGACAUCGUCCCGCCGAUCGUCGACUACAACGACGGCUUCGAUGACUUUGUCCCGCCAGACGAACGCUCGUACACCGAGCAAUUCGAUCACACGGAGUUCGUGGACUCGCAAGGAACGACGAACGAAAGAAAGAAGAACGACAGCGAAGCGGACAUUCUAGUCCGCUACAACACCGGAUUCCAGUUCACCAUCAGAGACGCUAUCAAUGCUCAGAAGGAUUUGAAAGCGAGUUCCGGAUGCUCUUCGACCUCCGACGAACAGGGAGUCAGUUGCGAGACGAGUUCGGUCGCUCCCGAAGUUGCAGUUUCCACGCCGAGUGUAAGAGAAAGGACAAUUUCGAUUGGUACGAAAGCGACUACGAGGAUUCCGGGACAACUGACCUUUUCGGGUAGCACGAGGAGCCUCAAAUCACCUGAAGAACCGGUGACAUUUGCUCCUGACGAAUCUUCGACACCUGUUCCUGAAUCUUCGACGUCUACUGCAAAAUCUUCGAUUAACAGCGAUGUUGAUAUAGAAGAAGAUUCAAGUUUGAAGACGGUUACGCCGAGGGCUGCAUUAGAGAUUAAAAAUCCGGAAGAAAAAACGGAAAGGUCGGUGGUCACGACGGCGAAUAGUCUGUUACACUCAAUCCGUCCGGGAUCCUUGAAACAGAUCGAGGAGGCGAUCGAGAAACACGAUUCUCCAUACGAAGUAUCGUUCACGGUAAAAAAAGACGACGAUCUGGAUACGACCGCCGACGACUUUAUCAGCCGACUUAUCGCUCAGCACCAGCGAUCGGAUUCCGUUUUGAAGGACGAGCUGGACGAUUUCGAGAUUAUCAGGUCUGUGGAACCGGAAACGGGGAUCACCAGCGUUUUACAGACGUCGAAACCUCCCGACGAAACUAGUCACCCCCCUCCGGACGAUGCGAGCAACAGUAAUUUUUACGCUGUUGAAAACGAUACAAUCAGCGAAUUUAAACAAUCGAACUCGAAUAUGAGUAUGGUGAGUCUGCUCCAACUGAUGGCGGAGCUGUUGAAAUUAGAUCGACUGCCGCGGCCAUUUUCGACGAAGGACUUGAGCAGCGUAGAGCUGAAGGAUUCGUUCAACCUGGAUCUCGAUGAAUCAACGUACGACGCGACGGAUCCACCGUUGAGCCGUCCGCAAAGCAGAACGACGUACAAGAACGCGAAUCUCAAGGGAUCUGCCUUUGAGACGGCUGCUCUGAAGACACCCGUUAAAUUUGCUGAAUCGAAAGCGUCACGGAACUUCAAUAAACCGUCGUUCGCCACGGGGAGCCCGCUGUUGGAUCACUCGCAAACAAAUUCGGAAAUACAAUCGUUUGGAGAUACAGAUUUCAAGACAUUUUCCUUGGACGAUACUACGAAAAUGUCUAUUGACGUUGAUUUGAAGCCGCCUGCUGAUGUUUCUUCGAGGGUCGACUCUGACAAUGCCACGGAACGAAAAACGGGCCUGCAGUCGAGAACGGAAAGCAGAAUCGCUCGGCCACUUCAGAAGGAGGAGAUCCUGGAGCAAUUGACGGAAAGCUUCGGGCAGCCUAUUUAUCGCGGCAACCCAUUCCGCAGACCGCUCGUCUUUGAUCUGCCGCAAGUGCAGAAGAGCUUGAAUUUCGAGACCGGUUUGCUGAUAGAUGAGAGCGAGUAUGCGACUAACGAAACUGAAGGGGAAAGUCCAAUAUCCACUACGAGAACGACAACGACGGCGACAACGACGUCGACGACGCAGGGAACGACCACAACGACGGAAUCCGCGAAGACCACCGUCGAGACCGAGUUCGUCCCUUCUCUGGGAUUCUCCUUAGAUUCCAACGAGGGUCGCGAGGAGUACGUUCAAGCAGUCCUCGGAGGAUUGAUCGACGAGCACGCCGGCGAAAGCGGUAGAAACGGAUCCAGCAUCGUGGAAAACGAAGCUCCGAAAAACGAAACUUUGGAAGCUGAGCAACAUGAGAAUUUGAAAGACGUUUAAGAGAUCUCUGAAAAAUUAGGAACUCAAGAUUCCUGCGAUUCCCUUGAAUUUCAUCAAACGUCGGUCAAUUAUAAUUGAUUCUUGAUUUUUUCUAUAAUUACGAGAAAUUAAUUAAAAGAAUUUAUUAAACAAUAAAGACAGCAAACUCAAAAUCUAUUGAUGUUUAUGUUAUUUAAAAGAGAUAUAACGAAAAUUUUUUAAAUAUUCCAUACAUGAAGCU